GUAUUUCCAUUUCAAUUUCAAUUCCCCAACGGAGUAGAUGUGACAGCGAGCGAGAGAUGAAGCUGCCCUCGAAGGUGGAUAGCGCGUGGACACGUCUCGUGGCAAUCUUCUCGCUGCCCGAUUUGCUGGUGUUGGCCUGCCUGUGGGCCAGUGGCUUCUCCUUGGGCUACUAUGCCAAGUCUGCCUAUGCGUACGACAAUCUCUGGCCACACUGGUAUGCUCUGGUCGGUGGCGCCGUCACCCUCGCCCUGGCCCUCGGCUGGACCCUGCGGAAGCACAAGCGCCAGAAGUACAGCUACGAUCAUUACUAUAUCAUCUUCUAUGGUCUGUUGUGUGCGCUGAUGGGCAGCUGCUUCAUGCUAACCAAACAGUUGGCUGUUAGCUACUACUUCAGCUUUGUGGGCCUGAGUGUUGUGUAUGUGUCGGGCUUUAGCUAUGUGAGCCUGCGAUGCGAUGCCUCGGGAUUGCGGCCGGCAAGGAUCGCCUUGGCGAAUGCCCUGCAUGUGUGCGGCCUGGCCACUGGAUUUGUGAUCUUCAACGAGAUGGAACCACAGCGCUGUGGCCUGAUUACCCUGGGCAUCAAUCUGCUGCUGAUUUCUGUGGUGUGCCUCAACGAACUGCUGCAGCAUGUGGGCUGCCACAACUACAAGGAGUCGCGCGAUUUGGUCUUCAAUCUGCUGAACGAGGAACGGAUGGUGUUCCUGCCCCGUCAGGCGGUGCUCGCCCAGUUUGUGGGCCGCACCGACUACCAGCUGCUGGCCAGCAGGCAGUGGCUGGUCCUCAGCCUCGGCGGCUGCCUGGUGACGCUGCAGCGCAACUGCCUGCUCUACUCGCCCGCCUAUCUGCAGCUGAUGUGGAGCGCCACCGCGGGAUAUGCACAGCGGUCGCAUCUCUUUGCGCCGUUCGCACUGUACGCGGGGGGCUGUGGCCUCGGCGCUCUGCUGCUGAUGCGCUACACCCCGAAGCUGGUGUACCUCCUGUUUGGGGUCAUCCAGAUGACGCUGAUCGUGGCCCUGCUGUGCAUCUACAGCGAGGAGCAGUCGGAGCACUGUUUCCUCUUCCUGUGCCUCAUCUACGCCACCAUGGGCGUCCUCUCCAGCCACACCCUCCACUGGCUGCUCGAGUGCUCGCCCUUUCUCUACGCGGAGCUGGCACUGGCCAUCGGAUUUGUGCUGCAGCUGGCCAUCCUCGAGGGCUACAAGUACGAGGCGAAUGCGGAUGACACCUGGACGGCUGUGCUCGCGGGCAGUGUGGUCACAUUGGUGCUGACUGGCCUGGCCAUUCCGGUGGUGCAGUGGCUGCAGCCCCACUCCGCCAGCCUCGUGGAUGUCCGCAAUCGACUGCUGGGCAUACGCCGACGUUCCACCGCCGGGGCACAGACGCAGUUCUGGCACACGAAUCACUUUCUGGCACACAACAAACCGCCGCACGAGCUGCAGUCCGUGCGCCUGUCCAGGAGCCGCAUCUUCCAGCAGUAUCCGAUCAGUGGCCUCACCGCCGACACUGCCGACAAUCCCAAGCACAAGUUUUGACAAUAAAGUGAUUUACUUUCUCCUCCCCAGA